UUAUCCGACUCGAAUCGUUUGCGUGUUAACGAGCCACGGUUUCGCUCGAUACAACUCAGCGAUCAUUUGCCUGUCAGAGUAAAAGUACGCGACAACUUGUUUAUUGGAACAUGGAACGUGGCAAAAAAACUGCCGUUGAACGAAAGCCCACUGCUCGUCACGUACACAAGGUGAUGUCUCUUUUCAGUAUUGUGGCUGUUCAGGAAACGAAAAAGUCACUACAGAACAGAGCGUUUGGAAAAUACUGGACUUGCUCUCGUCGUCUGCGUGGCGACAUACUGUGCUUUGGUUACAAUGAUGACAUAGAACUGAAAGGGUGUAGUGAAAUAAACUUUAGCACUAACGUUCAAAACGGCAAUUUGGUGCAGCAACAGAAUAGCAACCAACGACCUGCCUAUGGCUGUGUGUUCAGCGUGAACAAUGACGAGUUGGCUCUUGUUAACGUGCACGUUUUGAACAAGUGCGAUAACCUCAGACCGAUAGUGAGUCGUACAAAUGGAUUGAUCGAGUACAUCAGAAACAAAUCGACGGAUAUUGAACUAGCAAAUAGAGUUAUAGGACCUCAGAAUUGGAAAGAUGCUUACAUCAUGGGAGACUUUAACUGUGAUAAUAUAAAGCUUCAGUGGGAAAACGAUCGCAAUUGGAUGUGUAAGCACCGGAAGUCUCUUUCGCCACCGUCACCGUGGACGUUCACUCGUAUUCCGAGUAAGAAAACGCUGGAUUACAUUUUUAGCCCGGAAUCUGCUCGUAGCAAUACACACGUCCCAGGGUUCCAGUAUUGUGAUGUCAUACACCCGGAAUUAUGGGUUGAGAAUAAGCAAUUGCUUAUUCCUGACAAAAUUCUUACUUUCCAACCGUCGUAUAGUUUCAUUAGUGAUUGGAUGGAAGUUUCAGAUCACUUUCCCGUGUUUAUGAAGUUUGAGGCUCCACGAAAUCCUACAGGAGACCUGAAGAGUAAGCGAUUCACGCUCGGAGUGGUGCAGGUGUGGCCAUGAGCAACUUACGUAUACACUUUAAGGCUAAUAAAGAGCAUGCAAAAUGGUGACAUCACUUGGUACUGCGUAAACUGGCGUAUUUGCUGUUAGCUAAGCUUGUAGUGCAAUUGAUUUUAGUGCAAUAAGCUAAGGCAAUUAAAUCAUAAUAAUAGCGAUGGCCACAGCUGCUGUCUGGGACACACGGUUAGUUCACAAAUACAAAACUUA